GAUUUUGCAACAAUUCCCUCCUCCUCCUCCUCCUCUCUCUCUCUUCUUCGCUAUUCACACUUUGAAGACAAAACCCUAAUUUCUCAUCUCCGAUGGCGUCGACGAAUCUGAAGAAUGCCAAACACGAGGCUCCGGUGAUUGAUCCGAUCACUUUCCAAUCCAAGCCUCACGAAGAGGUUUCUAAGUUUUCCGAGAAUUCUAACCCUAACAUCGUCUCCCAGUCGACUCCACUAGCGAAAUCGAGAAAAUCUAAGCCUACUCCGGCGGUUUUCUCACCGCGGCACCGGAUCAGAGAAAGGAGAUUCGUGGUAGUGAAGAAGAAUUCUAGGAAGGAGAAGAAGGAUCCUGCCUCCGUCGACUGUAAAUGCGGAGCUAAUCCCAAUUCCAACUUGAAGAAAUGUGUCUGUGUUGCGUAUGAAACUCUGCGUGCUUCCCAGGAAGAUUUCUUCAAUAAUCGAAGAGAAUCUGAACCACAGAUUGGAGAAUCCAGCCGUAACUUGGAUGAGGGAGACGAAGAUGUCGAAAUUGGAGAUUCUGAUGACAUUAGGGUUUCUAUGAUGAAGAGGAGACGAGAAAAGGUGCUGGAAGAAGCGAGAAUGAGUCUCCCUGAAUAUGGUAAAGUGAUGCAUCUUGUCAAAGCUUUUGAGAAGCUUACUUGCUUCCCACUUUCAAAGGUUAUCUAUAAUAAGGAAGACGAUCACAUUAAGAAACCUCUGAAAUGGGAAUUGCCUGGAAUGAGCCAACAAAAGCAGCAGCCUAAGUGUCCACAAACUGAGACGGAUGAAGUCACAUGGAGCUCUUCGUUUUCUCCAUCUGGUUUGGUCUUAACAGCUACGAACCUAGGGCUACAACAGCCUCAUGCCCCAGUUUCUUCUUCAUGGGACAAUAGUGUUUCAAGUCUGAACUCAAAUGGUGGCCGGAGGGGCAGAAGAAAUAGCUUGGACUCCUCUGCUUCAGUGGGAAGUAGAAGAUCGAAGAAGAAGCAAAUCAAAGUCACUUCUCUGAAACCAUUCAAACUCAGAACUGAGGAACGAGGACGUAUGAAAGAAGAAGAGUUUGCAAAGAAGCUGCAAGACAAGAAAUUGGAGGAAGAAAAAAUGAGAAUCCCCAUAGCUCAAGGUCUUCCCUGGACAACUGAUGAACCUGAGAAUUUGGUUAAGCCCCAUGUGAAAGAUAUCACAAUACCAAUAGACUUGAAGCUCCAUUCAGACAUUCGAGCGGUAGAACGUGCGGAAUUUGAUUACCAGGUUGCGGAGAAGAUAAACCUAAUAGAGCAAUACAAAACAGAAAGAGAACGGCAGCAAAAGCUAGCAGAAGAAGAAGAGAUAAGAAGGUUGAGGAAGGAGUUGGUCCCUAAGGCACAACCAAUGCCAUACUUCGAUAGGCCAUUCAUUCCCAGAAGGUCGAACAAACAUCCAACUAUUCCUAGAGAUCCCAAGUUUAAUAUACCGCAACACAAGAAAAUAAGAUGCUGCAGUACAUCGUCUUGGAGUGACACUGGAUCUUACAUGAGCGACCUCUUGUACCAGCAAGACCUCUGAUAAAGCUUUACGUUCAAUUUGCACAUUUCUUUAAUAAUCUUGUUCCUUGUCCAUAUCAUCUCUUUCAAACAAAACCUUAAUUUUUCCUUGAAGCAACCAAUUAGUUGCAACUUGCAAGAUUUUGUUUUCUCGGUUCAA